AUGCAGUUACUUGCGAUUUCAAUACUGGAUUUCAGUGUAGAAAUGUACCUGGAGCAUAGUCAACAUGCUCUGAAGUCUGUGGAGAUGGCUUAAAUAUGGGCAGAAAUGGAUGUGAUGAUGGGGGUGUAGGUCCAAGAGACGGGUAUGAAUAUUAUCUGCAUGGUUAAUCUUAAAUAUGAUAGUUGCGAUUUGAAAUGUAAUGUGGAAACAGGAUGGAAAUGCACAGGAGGAGGAUCGACAGCAUAGGAUACUUGCACUGAAGUUUGUGGAGAUUCAAUUGAUUGGGGCACAUUAGAAUGCGAAGAUGGAGUUUUAAAUUCAGGAGGGUUAGAAUACAUGAUUAGUUUAUUAUUAUACAGAUGUGAUAAUAAUUGUAAACUUGUGACAGGAUAUGAUUGCUAAGGUGGAAAUCCCAUUAAGGCAGACAUUUGUUUUGAUAAAUGUGGUGAUGGAGUGAACCUAGGAAUCAGAGUAUGUGAUGAUGGAAAUACAGUUGGAGGAGAUGGUUGCGAUAGAACUUGCAAUAAAGAGGAUGGGUAUGCUUGUACAGCACCUCUAACGGGUAAAAGUGUGUGUACUGAGAAUUGCGGAGAUGGUUUUAACAUGGGAACAAAUUAUUGCGAUGAUAAGAAUACAUAGAGUGGAGAUGGAUGUGAUAAUAGCUGCAACUAAGAGCUAGGUUGGAAUUGCGGUACUGGAAACUUUGCUCAUUUCGACAAUUGUUUUGAGGUAUGCGGAGAUGGUAGAUCCUUGAAAACUCUAACACCAAUGGGAAAUAUGUGUGACGAUGGAAACAACUACAAUAAUGAUGGAUGUGAUGCUGAUUGCGUUCUAGAAUAUGGAUUCGAAUGUGUCGGUGGGGAUCUUUACACCCCUGAUAAAUGCUCAGAAACCUGUGGUGAUGGUUAUAAUAUUGGUCUCUUAUGGUGCGACGCUAACACGCUAAGUGGGGAUGGAUGUUCAAGUACAUGCGAAAUAGAAGCUGACUGGAAAUGCAGUGGAGGAGGUUAUUACACUGAAGAUUCCUGCACUGAGAUCUGUGGAGAUGGUUUAGACUUCACUUAAUAUUUUUGUGAUGAUGGAAAUACAGUAAGCGGUGACGGAUGCAACUCAGUUUGCAAUAUUGAAAAUGGGUACACUUGUGAAGGUGGAUCUCCUACAGGCCCAGACCAUUGCUGGAGGCCUUAUCCUAGAAUAGUGAAUGCAACUUUGAGCAAAAAUAAUACUGUAAUUACUUUGACCUUUAACGAAACAACUUUCAUGAAAUCAACUUUUACUAAAGAUGACUUCUUGGUAUAUGUUUCGGGACCUCGUGACUUAUACUCUUACUAUAUUGAUGUUCUGAACCUAAAUUAUUACAGAGGUAGAAGCUCAGGAUUCACAACUUUAGAAGUAUAAAUAACCUAUAAAAAGUCAGGUCAAUUCUUUGGCUUGAAUGCUGAGGGCAUCAUAUUUGCUGUCAGAGACUGUAGUAAUUUCUACAAUUACAGAGGAGCUCCCUUGAUUUAGAAUGUCUGGGUGCUUUAUGCAAAUCCAAGGGAAAGUGACUAUAAAUGUGAUUUGGAUGGACUGUGGGAAGCAUCUUUCUGGGUCUUGGUAAUAUACUUCAUGCUUAACUUCUUUGGAUUUUUCUACGAGAUUUCUAUGAAUUUCUUUUGGUGUCUUGCCUAUUGCAUUCAGAUUAUCAGUCUGUUUCCAUUGAUGCAGCUUUAUCUGCCAUCUUGUGCAUCUUUGUAUAUCAAGGAAGUCAGUAUAGCGAAUGGAGACAACUAUGUGAUCUACUCAAACUUCCUUGGGAAUACUUUUUGGGAUAUGGAUCUGACUCCUUAUGCUACAACCUUUUGGUAUGGAUUCGAGAGAAAUGAUAUCUUUUAAAAUCAAAACGCACUUUUCAUAUAUAGUGACGCUGCUGAUAUACUGAACUGCUGGCUAUGCGCUGUCUUGCUCCUGUUUUUCUUCAAUUUCAUUAAGGCUUUGCUGCCUUAGUAUCCUUUCUUUGUCGAAAUGGAGAAGAGCUACAGGUCAUUCGCUUUUUAUAGAGGAAUACAGGCUGCUUUUGUUGCGUUCCCAGUUUAUCAUACUUACCAAGCAAUUUAGUAUCGAAAAGCACUAAAGACUGAAAAUCUAAAAGAACUGCUUAAAUUCAAAUGGUUUCUACUCUUCUGUGAGUACUCAACCACUAGCUUCGUAAGGUACUUCUACAUGUGGGCCUUUUGUCUGAGAAGAUUUCUGAUCACUAUAAUUAUCUUGACUUUGUAAUCCUCAACUUUAUGGCAGUUGAAUCUUUUAAUGUUUGUAAACGCUCUCGCCUUGAUUCAUCAUUGCAUCAGCAGGCCUUUCAAUGAUGUGCUUUUGAACGCUCACACUAUUAUCAACGAUAUAGGAAUACUCAUAGUGCUGGGGGGCUCUAUAGAUUCAGAUAUCCAUUUAUCCAAGAUGCCGAGUUGUUGUGCCUGUUGUAAGAAGUAUCUAUGCUGCAAGAAGAAGAUCUAAAUGAAGGAAGGCUUGAUUAUUGACCCACUCAGAGAUAUAUCAAUAGCAACUGUAGAGGAGCCAAUUAAGGAGCCUACACCGAUACCGACUCCACCAAGGACACCAACGCCGAUCAGAACUCCAACUCCACCAAGAACACCGACACCACCAAGAGAACCUACACCUGAGAGUUCAGAGGAAGAAGAGUAUGUGCUUCCAGCUGCUGCAGUGCUGGUCAAGGACUAAAAGUUUGAGGGAGAGGGUGAUGGCUUUGGUGACACUAUGGCCGGCACCCAAGCUGCAAAUAGAGGAUUUGUUGAUAGUGGCAAGACUAAAUUUGCAGAUAACAUGAAGAUGAUUGUUCUAUCAACAUUAGCAGCUCUCUUUAGCAUUUCACUUGCUGAGGCUACUCAGAUGGCAUACCAAUAUGCUCCAUCCACCUACACUUACCAGUACUCACCCUCAUACUAUGCUUAUGCCUACAACGACUACAGCUACGCUGAGGGUAGUGAUUACUCAAGUGAGUACUCUCCAUCAUAUAACUACAAAGACUCAUACUACGCUUACAGCUACACCGAGUCUCCAGCUUAUUACAACUACAAGAAAGACUACGCCUAUACCACAUAUUACAACUAUGUGCCAGCUAUCUCUUACUCUUACAAGAAUUAGUAUUCAUACAACUACAACUACAAUUAUCAAUACAACAAUGAGGCAACCUACAAUUAUGAGAAAACAUAUAACAAUAACUAUGCCACAUAUUCAUACAAUUAUGCAAAGGAUCUUGCUAAUUACGCCUACAACUAUCUUUUCACAUAUGCUGAGAAAUCCUACAGCUAUUCAAAUGAUAAUGCAUAUGCUUACAGCUACAAUGACUACAAAUAUAGCGAUAGCUACAACUAUAAGGUUGAUUCUUCAGCAUAUUCUUAUACCCAAAAUUACAAGUCAGACUUGGCUUAUGAUCAAGCCUACACUUACAACUACAACUACAAGUCAGACUCUGCUUAUAAUCAAGCUUACACUUACAGCUAUAACAACCAAAAAGCUUCAAACGAUGCCUAUGACCAAGCAUAUUCCUACAACUAUAACUACGCUAACGCCUAUAAUGGUCUAUCAUACACAUACUCAAGCCUCGGGAAAUUGGCCAAUCUCGCUACUUUCGCUUACUCAGCCUGA